GCGCCGCGACGCUAUGACGUCACUGGUUCGCGUUUUCUCAGCGAUCGUUUCUCGACAACGGUGAGGAUUCAUGAAUGAAAAGCCGCUGCUCCGAAGCUUAGACCGAUUCUCGCGAGCAUCCGUCGAUCUUCCGGUGAACCGCGAGGGAAAUCCGCGUGCCCCGAGCUCCGGCCACCGCCGAUUCGUCGUGGCGAUCACUGCGAACCCUCUUCGACUCGCUGCACGGGACCGGACGCACGAAAUGACGGCCAUCUAGGAUGAAUUGAUGCUGCGGGUACCUUCGGACAAACUCGACGGAUCGGGAGGACAUUAGGAGCACCGUUUCUUCCGAAUCACCGGCCGAACACGCGUCACACGUGGAAAAUUAAGGGACACUAGCAAGUUUUUCCACCCGCGAGACUGUCCAGCCGGCGGAGAACACUCGAGGGAACCAGUUCCGUCUGACGACUCGGCCGCUGCGCGAUCCUCCCGAAAGCUUCGAGCGUGUUCGAGAAUUCCGAGGAACGCGAAAGAUGCGGACCGAGCGGUGAGACCAGACCGUUCGCAGCUGGAGCAACGGAAACCAUCCGGGACGAGGGGCAACGCGUGAAAGCACCGACGAAAGAGAAUCCUUCCGAGAAACAUGGGCAAGAAGAAUAGCAAACUGAAGCAGGAUACCAUCGACCGACUCAUGCGCGAAACAUAUUUUACCGAGAAGGAGAUCCGACAAUGGCACAAAGGAUUCCUGAAAGACUGUCCCGAUGGUCUGCUAACGGUUCAGGGUUUCAUAAAGAUCUACAAGCAGUUCUUUCCCCAAGGUGAUCCCUCCAAGUUCGCCACCCUCGUCUUUAGGGUUUUCGACGAGAACAGCGACGGCACGAUAGAAUUCGAGGAAUUCAUAAGAGCGCUCUCGGUGACGUCGCGUGGCAACUUGGACGAGAAACUUCACUGGGCGUUUCGGCUGUACGAUGUGGACAACGACGGUUUUAUCACGAGGGCCGAGAUGUACAACAUCGUCGAGGCGAUAUACGAGAUGGUGGGGCAGCAGCCGCAAGCGGAAGACGAGAACACGCCGCAGAAGAGGGUGGACAAGAUCUUCGAUCAAAUGGACAAAAACCACGACGACAAGCUGACGCUCGAGGAGUUUCGGGAGGGCAGCAAGGCCGAUCCCAGGAUCGUGCAGGCGUUAUCGUUGGGCGGCGAGUAAUGGCGAGGCUCGCCGGGACCGAGCGGCGACGAGUCGCUCGUCGGAAAUCGGACGACCGUGCGGCCGCCUCGAUCCGUUCGUCGGAGGGGGCAGAGGAUUCCGAACGAUAAGGUCAAGCGAACCGGGCGGUCUUAACGCAGCACCCCCGUAAUCGAUCAAACCGGUGCACGCAUACGCAGGUACUCCGCGAGUCGCCGCGACGCGCGACUCGUUCGAGCGCGGCGCGAUCAAUCUUUUUCGAAUAGUUCUCUUUCUCCUUUCUCUUACGCAGAAACGGUUUCAUUCCUGUUUGCGCGAUCGUUCCGAUAAUCGUGCGAUGGUAUUCUUAGAAAUCGUAGAUGUUCUCGAGUAGUGGAAGUCGAGUAGCCGCCGAUUUUCUAGUUCUUCGUACUUACAAUUAACCGAGCGCCCGACCGUUCCGCGCGGACGACGAACGGAGCGAGCAGCGACGGUCGAACGCGCACCUGCGAACGAACCCCGCCGAGAUGGUCCGCGAAAACCGAGGGUGGGCCGAAUCGAUCGGAAGCCCGGUUAUUUUCAUUCCCUUCCGACGGAUAUAGUCCCGCGAACUCUCGAUGCUGGAAACAGAAGCGAUAACGUUUCGUCGCUGGCAGAGGAAGAGUGACGAUCGCGAUCAUUUAAAAACCGCGGCCGCGGAAAGAGAUGACGAUUCCGUUGCGCGUCCGCUCGGAUGCGACGGAGAACAAAGUUCAGCCGUCAAGCGUUCGCCGCGCGGCUUGCUCGAAGAAACGAUAUCCUGGGGAUUAAAGUUGACGCCGACGAUGGAAAAGGGGAGCUCGCGUCGAGAAUAGACGGGUACAAUUACGUUGCCCGCUUAUCGAUUCCCCGCGGCGCGUUUGCGUUAAACAUUCGCGGAAGAUUUAUCGUGGAUCGGUGCGCCGUGCAUCGUACAUCAUACAUCAUGCAUCGCGCGUACCGCGUGAAAAGCUUGCUGCUUUCAACGGAACCGCGUAAUACUCCGAACUAUGGACGAUCAAUUAUAUUUUCCGUUUGAUCCUUUUCCGCGCGAGAUACGCUGCCCGGCAACUGCGGACCGCGAGUCCGUCGAAUUCCCGAGUGAAAAGGUUCAACGAGGUAUACGUUUCUUCUGCGCUGACCCGAUAUAGUUGCGCGUUGAAAGAAAAGGAAACGGAAGAACGGCGAUGAAAGAGGCUGGGAAGUGAUUAGAGUAAGAGGGAAGUGGAGAGGGUGAGUGGUUCCCGGAGCGGUUUUAACUCGACGGGCCGCGGGCGGUCGAAUACGCGAAUCGCGCGGCGCCGCGGCGGCGCAAUGGCCAUGACGGAGCUGGAACGGAACGCGGCGGAUUCGAGAGGAGAAAUACACAGGGAAUGGCUCGAGUUUGGCGGGAGGCGUGGAUCGGCGGGCUAAAAUUUCCCGACCUUUCAACCGCUUCGCUGUAAUACCGUUUCCUUACUCCUCUUUCCGUCUUCUUCCGCUUUUCGGCCCGCCGCUCCGGCGAAGAAGUCGAUCCCGUUCACCUCCUCCGCGCCUUUUAUCCUCGAGCAUCGACAUUCUCCUCGCCUACCUCGCAGCGGAACGCAAAUUUCGUUUCCACUUACAAGAUGGAAGUUUCCCGCGGUCGAUAUCGCGCGUCGAUGGGGAACGAGCGACGGGAACCACCGACCAUUUGUCGGAAUCGCGUAAUCUUCCCGGCAGGAGAGCGAAUAUUUCUGUUCGUGCACGUCGAAGCUCGAUGAAUUUCAGUUUUCACGGAGACGACCGCGACGGAAGUGCGCUCUUUCAGUCGCGUUACGUAUUUACACCGGAUGUCGGGGCUCGGUGUCCCUUUAAAGAAUCACUCGGCAGCGUUGCGUUUGAAACUUCCAGUGCCUUGUCCAGGGGACGACGAGUUCGUUAAAAAUUCAAGGCUGUUUCGCCAGCAGUUUCGCGAAAAUAAAGGGGGAAACCGGACAAACAAACCGGAAAGCAGCUCGUCUCGGCCCUCUCCUUUGCUUUACGCUUUUCUUUCCGCGUCGGUCGCGUUCGGGGCGAUCGUAAAACGGCGAGGAAUUUCUAAAGAGAACGUCUCGUCGAUGUUGGAAACUUCUUUUCCUCGUCGCUUCAGGUUCCCUUGAAUCUGGAAUAUCCGCGUGUAAAUCGGAAUUUUUGGAAUUCGAACGCGUGAUCUAUGCGCGAAGCAAAGUUCGACGGUCGAAAUUCGCGCGUCGGCUGCGAUAGCGAUCGAAUGGAAAUAACGAGCUUCGAAUCGAAGGGACGCGUCGAGGGCAACCGACGCGAAGCGGUUUAUCGAGAUUGUUAAUUAAAAAUCGAAACGAGUGUUCGGGAACGCGUGCGGCGAAAUCGAGUUUCAUACGGUUCCUUUUUUACACGAAUCUCGUUUUUACGCGGUUCGUUAGCGAGCUCCGCUCCUCCUGCCGCUCGUUACGCGAGAGCUACGUUCCCCAAAUCCCUCCACGCUAUCCUCGUUUCGACGAGUGGUAAGUAGCCUCCACGCGAUCACCGUUAUCUCUGUAGGUACUUACCCCGACACGUCGACUGCCGCGGUGCUCGUUGAUGCCCGGAGCUUCGUAAUUACUGGAAAAUAAUUAUAAUACGCGUGAGAAAACUGGUGUCGAAUAAAAAUCUUCAGCUAGCUAAAUAACUAGACAUUGACGUAACGUGAAAAUCACGAUGACAAAUUAAUAAUUCCUUAUCUUCGUUACAAAAGAAUAAGCGAUACAUAAAAUGCAGAUGUUUCUCGUGGCAGUCAACGCGUUAAACGCAUCCUCAUCCGAAUCUUUGAAAAACUGAAAUUCCCGGGAGGCGAAGCACAGUGCGGCUACAGACGAAACCCUAAAAUACGACACUCGCAUAUUGAAAAUUAAACGUUACCAAUGUAUUUCUGAGUAAUCCCAUACAAAACGAUUUUCACUUCAAAAAUCAAAAUUUUGAGCAAACGCCGUUUCUCUAUUUAUAUAACGUCGGAAUCGAACAGUAAAAUAUCCAUUGUCACUGAAGAAACUUGAUAAUAUCCCCAUAACGUGAAUAAAAAUACAAUCGCCGUGUGCUUAUCUUCAUACCUUACAACUUUUGUCUGAAACAUUCUUGUCUAUGGCUCAUACUUCUCAAGUUAUCGAGUUUUGUCCAAUGGCCGUUUGGCCGCACCGUGCGGCGCUCGAACGAUACAUUCUUAUAUCGAUAGUUCGCCGAAUUUUCGGAUCGGUGGUUGGUCUCGAGGCAAUUCCCGUCCGGUCGAUACUCGAUUUCGUGUAAGCAAACCGGUGGCGAGCUUCACCUCGAAAGACUUUCGCGUGUUCGUCGGGUCGACAAUGAAAUGCACUCACCGUGAAAGGGUUAAUUAAACGGCAUCAUGGGCGUCCGUUGUGUAGCGCGCCUUCGGGAGCAGCAAUUAAUCUUGAGCUCUUCCGUCCUAGAAAUAAUUCUCCGGGGAAUUUCAGCCGCGUCGCCGCGUCACCGCGACCGACCGAAAGACACCGCGCCUCCCCGUUAGCGUCCUAUUUUUUUCCCUCCGUGGCGCUCCGACGAAUUCCGUCUUCGGUAUUAAUGCACCCUCCUUUUCACCGUGAAAGUCAACAGCGCCGGUUCGUCUUCGCGAAACGAGGGAGCGGGCGUUGUAGACUCUCCGGGAGCUCAUCGAAUUUGUACCGGCGCUUCGCGGCUUUUUAAUUUCUCGCUCGGAAACGGCGCGGCUCCAUUUUCCUCGAGCACCGGACUACAUCCCCAUAAAUCCUCUAGCUCGUUUCCGCCAUUCCUUUCCGCCUACCCUCCGUAAAUUGUUGCGUAAGAAUGCCCGCCCUCGGCGUCACGGAAUUUUCCGUUCGAAUAGAGAUCGACCGUUCAACGCUGCUAACAUCGGGUCCGCGACGCUUAUCGCUCUAUUGGCCGCUCUUGUUUAGAACGUUUUACCCGGGCCCCCGGUAUUCGCGGUAUUCAUAUUGCAUCGCGAACGCGAGAAUCUCGUCGCGGAGGCCAGCUUAUUCCGGCCCGACCUUCCCAUUUGGCAUUUUGCGAUCCUCUAGCGCGUUCCCCCUCGUUGCCGAGCUGUAAUCGCGAUCACGCGAACCCAAUUACGCGAAUGAUUUAACUAUUUAACAUGCCGGUUAACGCGAAAUAUUCUCCCGGCGAUUGCUUCCCGGCCGGUCCGCGUCGUUAGGAGAUAACGGAAUUCUGCGAAACUUUGCUCGCCAAGCGUACUGGGAGUUGCAACGGUUUUCGCUACUUUCGUUCGCUCGAUGCAGUUACGUUCACGCGAACGCCAGCCUCUGGUAUCGUUAAUUCUUUUCAAUUCCGAAAUCUCGUUCCCCGUUCCCUCGCGUUUCGUUACCCGAUUUCCUCCCGGUUACGCGCGGCGCGCGGCGAAUUGAUUUACCAAAAACGCAAUAUAUUUUCCGCGGGAAACAUUGCGAAUCGAAACAGCCAAAGUCGCUUCUGAUUCAUCCUGGCGCAGCGACCGUAUCGAAAACUUCCUCUCCGCCCCCGAACUUUCCCUGAUUUAUGCUGGCAACGCGAAACGCCUGUUUCGGGAAAUCUCGAGUCGCCUCCGAAUAUUGCACCGAUGAUCUAGUAGCUCUCUUUCCUUGUAUUCUUCAACCGUACACACCUACUUCUACCAACGUACACGGACUACUUGGCGGACGAUUAUCCGGAAUCAAACGACGCGUUCCCGAGAUUGAGAUUAUUCCGGAAGUGCAAGAACGAAAAGAGAAAAGACUGAAACGGUUUUCCUCUUUCGCCCGUAAUUUCCUGCACCGCUCGAAGCUUCUUUUCCGGUGCAGUGGAUCGGUCUCCCGGAUCGUGCGCGGUACAAUUUCGAAAUCGAGUUUCCAAAGCGAUUCGAAAAAUUAGCCGAGCAUCCAAGUGAACUUCGCGACGACCGUUGUUCAUUCGAAGUUGGCUGUCGGCGGAAUUCAUCGAAUAUUCGACGAUCUUUGACCGCUGUUCACGCGACGCGAUCCUCGUGAAAUCCUGGAACGCUCCCUUCGUGCGACGCCCAUUGAAAAAUCCCGCUUAUUGGCAAACUUCCCAGUCCUCCCCUUCCUUUCCUCCCGUCGCCUUCGAGAUUCUACGAGCUCGCGUUACCGCUGUCGGCGUCGUUGCCGCCCAAAAUGAUUCGUCUUCUGUCCGACUUAUUUUACUCGAUUAAUUGAAACUCCCGUACCGCUCGAGCCAGCAUGCGAAACGACGAUAUCGCAUACAUUACGUACGUACGUACUCGUAUAGAUCGUGAGUCGGUUUUCGGUUGGCGCUGCCUCGGAUUAACGCACCCGCCGCAUUCGAGCCGUCGCAAUCCCAAUCGUGGAAAGAGUCCGCUCGGUUGCCGGUGCCGGGUGGCGCGAGCGUAAUACCUUUUCCGUGUCGAUGGUCUUAUGUAAAUUUCAGCGGAGCGAUAUAAACUGACAGAGAGACGGGCGAGUAAGCAGAAGGUAAACAUCUGCGGCGGGGAGAUGUGUGCCCGAGCUUCGAAAUUGGCGAUUCGCUGGGGAUCUUCUCUCAGAUCCGGGAUAUUUCCCUUCGUACCGCGAACUUUGAAGAACCCUCGUUGCCACGCGAAACACGUUCGAGCGGAUUCGUUGAUUCCUCGCCGCGUUCGAUGCCUGUCCGACUUUAACUUUGUCUAUCUACCUAUCUAUCUAGCUGUUUAUCGCGUCCCCCUUCGAAAACCCGCUUAACCAUUAACCCAUACCGGACGAACGCCGACGUUUGAUCAAACUUCCAUGUUUGGAACAGCAAGUUGCAGGCAAACGAUUUAACUAUUCAAACAGCGAGAAAUCAGUAUAGUUUCCUUAUUCUCUUUGAUUUAAGCGUUCGAUAUCUAAUUUAAAAGAAUCUCUUCAACCGCAAAGGGUUGAAUUCGAAAGGAAAUUUAAAGCACUUACGCUGGGUUGCGUAUAAGUCGGAGAAACCUCGCUGGAAAUCAUACACGCGACGCUGCGGUGUAUGGAACGUUAAAGUUUACGUUUACGAUGCCCUUUCCGACGAUAUUAACGAGCGUGCUCUCCUUUCUACGGUUUCGCGGUCGAUGGAAGACGGGAACCUCCGGAUGGAACAUACCUGUUCGCCCCUGCCAGGUUUUCGACUCACUUGUUGCGCCGCGAUCAAAAGUGCAACGAGAGUUUCGCGUUGAACGAAGACGGGGGAACGCGUCGCGAGACAACGACGCUCCUUUACGUCUCCGGAGUAAUACGACCGGCGCUCCCAUUUACUCUUCGUUGCUCGUACGCGUGAACGGCGGAGGUUAGCGCGUAUACCUUCUUCUUUGUCUAUCUUACGAUCUAUAGCGGAAAGGAACAAGGUAAGAGGCGUAAAACAUACUGUACGAUUAGAUUAUACAGAGUCCGGGCGUCGCGUCGAAGGCUCGAGGGAACCUUCGCGAACGCCUCGCGUCGAUAACCGCCGGAAAAUCGACGAAGCGUGCCCCGUCUCGAUGACGGCGCGUCGCGACGCUGAGUACCCGUAUGCGUGAUACACGCCGCAAUUUUUCGAGCACACUUUUUCCAGCUUAAACGCGUACGUUCUCCACGGCCGUCGAGGCGGUCCACGGUUAGAUCUCGAUCUCGCCUACGUUUCGACGGACGAAGGGGACAGGAGAACGAGACGACGCGCUUGCGUCGAGCGCAGCCGGUGAUCGGUCAUCGAUCUAACAGUAGCAAUAAUCGAAGAACUUUGUUAGCGACGUUAAGAUGGAAUUUCAAGGGGUCGAUCGUGAGCGUUAACGAUAAGUCAGACUCAACUUCUCCAGCCGCGAUGCGACGGAUUCGAGGGAUCCUACUCCCGAUCGACGCGCGCGCCGCUCGGGAGGAUCCUUCGUCCGUGGUGAUAGAAACGCCGAUGGAUGUCCGGAUAGAGCGCGAAACCACGACGAUCUUUCGAAACUCGUAUUCGCAGCGAAGAAUCGACGCGAGGAUCGACGAGCCCAGUCACCGAUCCGCCGCAGACAGGAAAACACAGAGUUUUAACGAGCUGUUCGCGUUGUUGAACAAACUCGCGGUGAAACUUCCGCGGUGGAAUCAGCUUUGCUUCCAACUGCGAACUGAAAAUGGCAUUACGAAACGAACGCUGGCUGGCUGGCUGGCUGGCUUAGUUGACCCAUCGCGCCUCGCGCUUCGCGUUUAGCGCGUCGGUGGCAGUCAACUCGAUCCUGCUAAAGCAAUUUUUAGUUUGCUCGACUGCCGCGUGAAAAUCACGCCCCUAAACAAAGAAACCGUUAUAUUUUUCUAUUUGUUCCGAUGGUUGCCGGAGGAUCGUCGUCGUUCGCCUCGGUCAACGCCGGAGACAUUUCGCGGAAACGUAUAUCGACGAUUCUUAACCUUUCCACCGCUUUUACGCCUCGAUCUCGAUCUCGAUCGAGUCCGGUUCAACGGCGCCGCCGCGUCGUUGGCUAGCCGCGCCGCCUACCGUGGCUUUCAUCGUUUCCGCAACGUCGAUUUCGAAUACCGUCGAGUAAUUACCGCGGUCAGACGAAAACGGUCCCGCACACCUUUCUCUUUCAGUUUCCCCUCGUUUCGAUCCGAGGAUAGAAAAAGUCACUCGCCGUUUGUCAGAGGCGGCGGGGAAUGGGAUAAUCGCGCGGGCUGCACUACUCUCGUGGCUCGGUCGAGCGAAAUCGAAGCGAGGACAAUUUCGGGAAGCCCGCUCUCCAGUCGAAUUCUCCUUGUUCGCGACGGGACCGCCGUCGCGUUCGAUCGUUUCGAAUUCAUUCGUGCUCGCCGCGAAACCGCGUACACCGUGUCUCGAGGUUAAGAAUCACCGAUGUGCCUGAACGUUUCGCCGACGAUCCGCGUUCGAUCGUCGGCACGCCGCUUGUACGCUGCGUACCCGACUCGAGACAAUUAAUCGAGGCGAAUCGAUUUACAUUUACUUAUAUUCGUAUGUAAGCGGGUCACGCGAACUAAGAAUUGUUUUAAGUAAUUUUUACAUUUUCAAGGGGAAUUAAUAAUGGUAAGAGAUCGAAUUCCGCUUAGCGUGAUUUCUAGGUGCUUUCCGUGUAAAAUUCUCGUAAUUAGGCUUCGUCGAGCUAGAGUGUCCUCCCUUCUCUUCCUCACUCUCCUUUCUCUCUCUCUCUCUCUCUCUUUCUCUUUCUCUUUCUCUCUCUCCCUAUCUAUCUCUCUACCUCUCUACCUCUCUUUCUGCAUCCCUCUUUUACUUGUCGACAGCGCACGUACAAAGGAGGAAAACUUUUCAGUGCAGAUUGAAACAAGGUAAGCGAAAGGAACGGAAGAAAGGCGGAAGAAGCGGGGGAUAAAAAGAGAAGCACGCUGAGGGCCGGUCUCUGACGAGCACUCGAUUACUAAUGAUCCAAAGGAAGAUCGAGAGCAAAGGAAAGAAAAUUCGCAACACUGUAUUCUCGCGAGGUGAACGUUUAAAGGUGCACCGAUUAAAACGUCAUUCUUGGGAUUGAUCAGAGUUUACGUAACGACCAUCUAAAAGUACUUUUUAACGAACGACAAGAGUGCUGCUCAACGAGAGAUGAGAAGAAGAACAUGAAACAGAGGCUCGAUCAUUUUCAAUGGUACAGAAAAAUGUUCGCAGUAUUAUUUGUCCAUUCUUGCAUUCGUGAAUGCAACCACUUAUCUCGUGCAGCUGAAACUGCAUCACGUCGUGCGAAUGGUAACGGUCCCGAUCACAGAGAUCGUUUCGCGACUUUCAUUUGUUUCCCGAGCGACCUUUAUCGGUGGCACGAAAAUCAAAGUGCCGAUACGUUUCAACGAAAUGUCCAGCAGCUGGCUUCCCUUUUUACUUUCGCCUCUCUUCUCUCUUUGCUCUCCACUGUGUCUCUUUCCUAUUUUCUCUUUCUUCUUCCCUCUUCCGCCUGUCCCCUCUCUCUCCCGCUUCUCCACACCACUUACCCCCAUUCGAGUCGAACGUCAAUCCCAAUCCCGAUUCGUUCUCAUUCCGUCUCUUUUUCCUGUCACUCGUUCAACGCACCGACGAUUUUAAAGGAGAAACCUCCUUGCACAUAAAGUUCAAAGGAACUAUUCUAUUAUAGCAUAACUAAAGAAAAAUAUCUUUAAAUGCUGCAAAUUUAAAGAGGCUACUCUAAUGCGUACCGUUAUACUUGUAUCGCUACUUGUAUCGCUGUUAUUACCGCCUAGUUAUAAUACUAAACGCUAAUCUACUGUUAUUCUACUUACAGCAUCGUGACAAAUUUUUCCGUCUGAAACGCGUUCUUGUACUCUUUCACUGGACUAAACGCAGAAACGAGACGCUUCUCGAGAGGAAAUACGAGUACACACCGACGGGAGCGUAGAAUACGCGAGGAUACACGUAACUACACGGAAACUGAAUACACGACGAACACACACGAACACACACGUGCACCCGUGUGCACCCCGGACAGAUUCAGACACAUCGGCGCACAAGCGAGAGCACCCGCGUGCACGUACACUCACGGCCGCAGCCACACGAACACACACGACAGACGGGCACGCAUACGAAACGA